CAAACAAAUUACAUUUCACCCCAUACAACUUUUAUUACCUUAUCGUUUCUGAACUCCAGAAGCUCAUUCUCGCCGCAACAAUGGCGAUUCGUCUUAAAUCAAGAACCACAACUCUUCUAUCGCAUAAGCCACGUGUCCUCUCAUCAUUCUUUACCGAGAGAUGGUUUGGUGUGUUGGUUAACCAAGAUUAUUUGGUACAUAAGGCUAGUUGUUUCAUUGGUGGUGAUGUUGCGUUAACUACGACGGAUUGGUUACGAGCUCCGUUUUCGACGUGUUUGGGGUUGAGCGAUAAACGAGUCGUUGAAAUGAAGGUGACGACGGAUGCACAUUCCAACAUUCCCGACGAGAACCAUAAACCGCAACAAGAUCAGUUACCGCCAAAGAACUGUCGAGAUUUAUUGAAAGCAUGGGGAUGUAACGAUCAAGAAACCGCACAGAUCCUCGAACGUAUGCCGUCUCUCCACAAAGCCAAACUCGAUAAACUCCAAUCGAAACUCCAAAUUCUUCACGAUCUUGGAUUCACAUCUUCCGGUUUGAUCAAAAUGAUUAGCUGUAGGCCCCGUUUUUUAAAAUGCCGCCUCAGCAAUUGCCUCGAUGAACGCGUUCGGUACCUCGAACACUUAUUCGGGUCGAAAGAAAUUCUUCAAAAAGCCAUUCUUAGAAACCCGUCGGUUCUUACUUACGAUUUGAAUAACAUGAUCAUACCCACCGUUGAAUUGUACAAAUCGAUGGGUAUAGCGGGUCAAGAUUUAACGUUAAUGCUUCUUUCUCGACCGACUAUUAUACCUCGAACGUCAUUAAACGCUGAAAAGUUGGAGUACAUUAGAAAAACCGGGAUUACAAAAGAUUCGAAAAUGUAUAAAUACGUUGUCACGCUUAUGGCGAUUUCGCGCCUCGAAACGAUCCGCGAGAAAAUCGCGAAUUUGGAAAAGUUCGGGUUUUUCGAAGACGAGAUUUUUCGGCUUUUGGGGGUGUCGCCACUCCUGUUGACUUUAUCCAUCGACAAAGUUCAACGAAACAUGACGUUUGUGGUGGCGAGUAUGAAGCAACCGGCUAGGGUUGUACUUGAAUACCCGUUUUUGAUUUAUAAAAACUUGGAAACCGGGUUAAAACCACGUAUGACUCUGGCGACGAAGAUCGAUGACAUGGGCCUGGGCCCGAGUAUAAACGGGCCCAAGGUGUUCACCGCAUUGAGGAUGACGGAAAAGAGGUUUUUGAAGGUUUAUGUUGAUUGUCACCCUCCUGAGAUCGCGAAUAUGUUGAUGAAAUGUUAUGCGGAUGCAAAACAUGUAAAACGGUUAGCCGAAAAGGCGAAAAAGAUUCAGCAUAAAGGGUUUCCUUUUUGAUGGUUUUUUUUUUUUUUUUUUUCAUUUUUUGUAGCUUGAUGUGUAUCCUGAGAUUUUAUCAGCAAACAGAUUAGUUUUAUAUGAUUAAAUCUAAAGUUACAUUGUUACUCUA